AUGUCAAAGAAUAGGUAUAUUUUAUCCAAAAUUAUUAAUUAUAUUAAGUUUUGCGGAGCUUUUCAACUGACUCUUCGGGGACAUGAUGAGAGCAAUUCUUCCGAGAAUCCAGAGAUAUUUCGUGAACUCAUAAAUGUGUCGGCUGAAUUAGAUGCAACUUUAAGUGACCACCUUAACAAUUAUUCGGUAUUUAAAGGCACCUCUAAAGAAAUACAGAACGAUUUGUUACAGUGUAUGGUCGAUGUCUGUCAUGAACAAAUAAUUAAGGAAAUUAAUAAUUCUCCAUUUUUGGCGAUCAUGGCGGACGAAACAAUGGAUAUUGCUGCAAAAACUCAACUGGUAGUUAUGUUCCCAAUGGUGAGCCAAUUGAACGUUUUUGGAACUACUUAA